AAUGCGUCGGUCACCCUUAAGCUAAUACUCUGCUGAGAAUUUUUUUUUUAUCAGAUCAAGGGAUCAUACAGCAAGCUGCCGACGACGUCGUUCCGGCUGCACUGCUAAAUCUCCGUCUAGUCGCCGCCGUUCAAUGUCGUCGUCGUCGAUGUUAAACAACAGUGUCUCCAUUACUGUCUCCGACGACGAGCCCGACGAAUUUGCCAACAAGCUUAGGGCACGAGCUCGAAGGAAGAGAAAGAAAAUUGGCCUCCGAGGCAAAACCGGUUUCUCUCAUAUUGUCCUGAAAAAGCUCCUGAGAUGGUGGCCUUUUCUUGUAUUCUUACUAGCCGCAGGUCUUCUCAUCUUUGAAGCCUCUCGAAUUGGAAGAAGACCUAGUUCGGUUGUUAAAAAUUCGAAUCCCGUGACUGGAAAUAAACUUGAUAAGCUUGUUGAGAAGAAAGCGCCGACGAACUUGAAUCGCCUUGAUCCAGUGACUCAUGUUGUCCAUGGAGUUAGAGAACCUUGCUUGAAGUUACUGCCAGCUGAAGAACUUGAGCAUCUUGAUUUCCCCAUGGAUAAAGUACCUGCCGAUCCUAUUAAACGGGUGGUAUACAUCACAGAGGCCAAUCCUGCUUCUGUAGAUCAUUUUGAGCAACACUCAGGGGCGUCAAGAUUUAAUUUAUUCACAGGAAACCAAACUCUCAAGCAAAGGGAUGAAAGUUUUAAGGUGAAAGGAGCGGAUGCAUCCAUUCACUGUGGUUUUUACAGUGAAAAAGGAGGCUUUAGGAUUUCUGUUGAAGAUAGAAGUUAUAUGGAAUCCUGCAAAGCUGUGGUGUCGACUUGUGCAUUUGGUGGUGGAGAUGAUCUCUAUCAACCUAUAGGAAUGUCAGAGUCAUCUCUCAAGAAGGUUUGCUUUGUGGCUUUUUGGGAUGAAAUUACACUUUCAUCCCAAGAGGCAGAUGGCCAUAAAGUUGGUGAUGACCAUUAUACUGGAAAGUGGCGCAUCAUCCUUGUUAAGAAUCUACCUUUCACAGACCAAAGGUUGAAUGGUAAAAUCCCAAAGAUGCUGGCCCAUCGUCUCUUUCCAAAUUCUAGAUAUUCCAUUUGGGUAGAUUCAAAAUCCCAACUUAGGAGGGAUCCAUUGGGUGUGUUGGAAGCUCUGCUCUGGCGUUCAAACUCUGUACUAGCAAUCUCAGAACAUGGGGCUCGGAGUUCCGUGUAUGAUGAGGCAAAGGCUGUUGUAAAGAAAAACAAAGCCACCCCGGAGGAAGUUGCCUUGCAGCUAGCACAGUACCGUGCAGAUAGACUCCCUGAGGAUAAGAGAUUCAAUGGGAAAAAAGCUCUAUCUGAGGCUUCAAUUAUUGUGAGAGAGCACACACCAUCGACUAAUCUGUUCAUGUGCCUAUGGUUUAAUGAGGUGGUUCGCUUUACAUCCCGUGAUCAACUGAGUUUUCCAUAUGUCCUUUGGCGGUUCAAAGAAUUCAGGAAUAUCAACAUGUUUCCUGUUUGUACACGCAAGGAUCUCGUCAAUAGCAUGGGUCACAUAAGAAAAGCAAAGCCUCUAACAAGUUGAUGUAUAUUCAUGGUUUUCACGAGAAGUAUAGCUGAAACAAGAAUGCUCAGGUUUUUCUCCAAGUUUUGAGCAUAUUUGCUUCCCCUUUUAUAUGUGCUGCUGAUGACAUUGGAUAGAGAGAUCAGAUAGGAUUAGCAUAUUCCUAUUUAUUCUUCAGAAUUCAAAAGGGCACUGUUUUUUGCAGCCCUGGUGGGAUAGGGAGAGACCGAGAAGGUUUCAUCGAAGGGAAGAAGAAAAAAACAGUGAUGGUAUGUUGUGCAUUUGAACAAAGUGGCCUUCUUUAGGUCUUUUUUUCAAUCUAUUUAUAAUUCUUUUGUCGGUCUACGUACACUGUUAAAAUUGUGGUGUGUUUUAUCAAAUGUGAAGCACCAAGUUUAGCUCUCUUGAAUUAGUGUAAACUGUUAUGUAAAAUAUUUCAUUGGAUAUUUGGUUACUUAAUUGUAGAUGAAAACUUAGUACUA